UCAUUUCUGUACAACAGCGAAAACCUCCACAGCAUACCAUAUCACCCACUCAGCGUACUAUGCAUCCCCGUGUGCACUUUAGCACCCUCAAACCCCACUCCGGAGUCCCGAGACUGCAACUUCCCGGUCCAAUCCAACCUUUUUCUGUAUCUCUUUCUCAUCCACAAAACAAAGGGUUUGAAUAAAAAGGAAAAUUUAUAUAUUUUUUUAAAUUGAAGAAAAAAUUUUGAUGCAAAUGAAGCGUACGAUAAUGUCUGACCCGAAUCCGUCUAGCACAGCUAAUGGAUCCUCCAACAAGCGCUCCAAGCCCCCUGCCCCUCCUCUCUACGUUCCGCACGGACACGUGGCCUUCCGUCUGCUCUGCCACGCGUCGCGCAUCGGUGGUGUCAUAGGGAAGUCUGGCAACGUCAUCAAACAGCUACAAAAUUCAACGGGGGUCAAGAUCCGGAUUGAGGAGGCUCCGGCCGAGUUCCCGGACAGGGUCGUCACGGUGAUCGGUCCGACGAAUGUGGACACACGGAUGGGCGUGGGCAGUAGUGGGAAUAGUGGCGGCUUGGUAAAUAGUGAUGGGAACGAGGAUGACAGGGAAGAUGGGAACUGCUUUGAAGUGUCGAAGGCGCAGGAGGGGUUAGUUAGGGUUUUCGAGAGGAUAUUGGAGGUGGCGGCGGAGAAUGAUGGGAUUGAAAUCGGGGUGGUUUCGUGUCGGUUAUUGGCGGAGACGCACCAGGUGGGCUCGAUUAUUGGGAAAGGGGGGAAAGUUGUGGAGAAGAUAAGGAAAGAUAGUGGUUGUAAAAUCAGGGUUUUGACUGAGAAUUUGUCUGCUUGUGCGGGUCCUAAUGAUGAGAUUGUGGAGUUGGAUGGAGAUGUUUUGGCUGUAAAGAAAGCACUCAUUGCUGUCUCUCGCCGUCUUCAGGACUUUCCUCCAGUUGACAAGACACGGAUGAUUGGAAGCAAAUCUCAUGAGGCAGUUCCACUAGAAAGUAUACACAGACCUCUUGAGUUGGUAUCCCGAGAGACUAUGCGCAGACCUAUUGAGGCAAUUUCUCCUGAUAUUAUACGCAGACAUCUUGAGGCAGUUCCCCAGGAGAAUCUACGUAGACCGCUAGAGGCAUUUGUCCCAGGGACUUCACGUAGAUCUUUUGAGACAGUUCCCUUAGAGACUUUGCAGAGACCUUUUGAAGCAGUUCCCCGGGAGACUUUGCCUGAUAUUCGCGUAGAUCUUCUAUCUCAGCGAAAUUCAGUGUUAAGUACUAUACCAAGUAGCUCUAUUAGUUAUGCUUCUGGAGUUCAUCAUGUGUCAUUAGAGGCAGACAGGACCUCCACUCCAGACACAAAAAUGCAACAGCAAGAAGUAAGUUUUAGAAUCCUUUGUUCCAAUGACAAGGUUGGGGGUGUAAUUGGAAAGGGAGGCAACAUUGUCAAGGCUCUUCAGAAUGAGACAGGUGCAUCCAUCAGUGUUGGAUCUACUGUAGCUGACUGUGACGAACGGUUAAUAACUGUUACUGCAUCAGAGAACCCAGAAUUGCGAUAUUCUCCUUCACGAAAAGCUGUUCUCCUUGUUUUCUCUAGAUUAAUAGAGGCUGGAUUUGAAAAGGGACCAGAUUUGAGCUCAUAUAAGGGAUUUCCAGUCAUUGCUCGUCUUGUAGUUGCAUCUAAUCAGGUUGGUUGUUUGUUGGGAAAAGGAGGCAGUAUAAUCUCCGAAAUGCGGAAGGCAACUGGUACUGGCAUACGUAUAAUAGGUGACCAGGUCCCAAAGUGUACAUCAGAGAAUGAUAAAGUGGUACAGAUAUCAGGAGAGUUUGCAAAGGUGAAAGAUGCAGUGUAUAAUGUUACCAGUAGACUGCGAGAUAAUCUUUUUUCCAGCUCACUGCAGAAUGCUGGAACACGGAGUACUUCCUCGGUAUUAGCUGACACCAGUCCCUAUGGAAGACUGAGGGAUUCUGCCUCUGUUGGCUUACCAUCAUCAGUUGGUGUUUCUCAUACUGUUAGUGGACAUCCAACCAUAACACAGAGUAUAGAUCAUACUGGACUCUCCCAUAGUCUGGACCGUCCUCCUUCACCAAGAUUAUGGACAUCACAAGCAAUAAGUGGAGUGCAUCCAUGGGCCAUCCCAGAUUUCAGCAGAGGUCGGGCUCAUUUUAAAGGUGGCUUGGAACUUGGCAGUGGAAACAAAACUGCUAUUGUGACAAAUUCAACCGUGGAGAUUAUAGUUCCUGAGAAUGUUAUUAGCUCAGUUUAUGGAGAGAAUGGUAGUAAUCUGGCACGUCUGAAACAGAUUUCUGGUGCUAAGGUCAUCGUGCACGAACCUUUUCUAGGGUCAACUGAUAGGAUUAUUGUGAUAUCGGGGACACCUGAUGAAACCCAGGCAGCUCAGAGCCUCCUCCAGGCAUUUAUCCUCACCGGAUCAUCAUGAUGAUAUCAUCCUCAAACUCAACUAACAGUAUUUUCACAGGUUAAGAUAACUCCAGCCUGUUUGUUUGUGUAGUAACCCAUCUUUGUCAAAUGGUGUACAUUAAUAUUCAUGCCAACCCUGCAAAAGGAAUUCAUAUCACAAAUUAUAUUAUCUUUAUUUUUUUGUAGGGAACUGUUAUUAUUGAAUAUUGUAGGGAAGAUUUUAUUUAUGCUUUUGAAUUUUAAGGCUGGCGUUGGGAUGGGAUGGCAACAGGACAUUAGAGGAAAACCUUGUUAAUAUUCUUAUAACUGUUUACAUUGAUUACAAAUACAAUAAACUCAAAAGAUUUAUUUUCA